UCCGUCGGCGGCUGCAGCAACGCGGAGGAGACUGGGUUGAUUGGAGAAAUCUUGCCCGCGCCACCAUGAGUCUCCUCAACAAGCCUAAGAGCGAGAUGACGCCCGAGGAGCUGCAGAAGCGGGAGGAGGAGGAAUUCAACACGGGCCCUCUCUCCGUGCUCACACAGUCGGUGAAGAACAACACGCAGGUGCUCAUCAACUGCCGCAACAACAAGAAGCUCCUGGGCCGCGUGAAGGCCUUUGACCGACACUGCAACAUGGUGCUGGAGAAUGUGAAGGAGAUGUGGACCGAAGUCCCCAAGAGCGGCAAGGGGAAGAAGAAGUCCAAACCCGUGAACAAGGACCGCUACAUCUCCAAGAUGUUUCUGCGCGGGGACUCGGUCAUUGUGGUCCUAAGGAACCCCCUCAUCGCCGGCAAGUAGAUGCCGCCCCCGCCCUGAGACCUGCCUCUGAACCGAAUAAUAAAACCUUGUUUUUCUUUUUGUUCUUUU